UUUUCCGUAGGGGACCAGAGAGCGUGUAUGUGUUUUUCUUCAAUGACAGGAGUAAUCCGGCUGAGUUUGAGGGUCUGAAGGCAGGAGACACUUGCUGGAGGAGUUUCUCGGCAUACAUCGGCACCAAGCAGAAGCGGACAUUUUCACAGACCAUGUGGUUAGCGGUGCACAAAAACCGGCUCGUUUUGCACCAGCAGGACUGCUGCAGUGGCAGGGCUCACAACGUGUCUCUGUGGAUAUGGAUUUUUUGUUGGUGUGUGACGCUCGUCAGGGGACAAAGCUACCACCCCACCGUGAAUACGCAGUAUGGGAAAUUACGAGGUGCACGGGUUCCUCUGCCCAGCGAGAUCCUGGGACCAGUGGACCAGUACCUUGGCGUGCCAUACGCCGCCCCACCGGUGGGGGAGAAACGCUUCCUUCCCCCUGAGCAACCCUUGUCUUGGUCGGGGAUCAAAAACGCCACUCAUUUCGCGCCGGUGUGCCCGCAAAACAUUCACAACGCCGUUCCAGAGAUCAUGAUGCCAAUCUGGUUCACCUUUAACUUGGAUAUAGUUGCCACUUACAUUCAAGAUCAAAACGAGGAUUGUUUGUAUCUAAACAUCUAUGUUCCAACAGAGGAUGGAACACAUUCCAAAAAACAGGGCGAGGAUUUAUCCGAUAACGACGGUGAUGAAGAUGAAGACAUACGAGAUACCGGAGCCAAGCCUGUGAUGGUGUACAUUCAUGGAGGUUCGUACAUGGAGGGCACCGGAAACAUGAUUGACGGAAGCGCGCUGGCCAGUUACGGGAACGUCAUCGUUAUCACACUCAACUUUCGAGUCGGCGUCCUAGGGUUCCUCAGCACAGGAGACCAGGCUGCUAAGGGAAAUUAUGGGCUUUUGGAUCAGAUCCAGGCUCUACGUUGGAUAAGCGAGAACAUUGGCUAUUUCGGCGGUGAUUCCAAUCGCAUCACUGUUUUUGGAUCAGGAAUUGGUGCCUCUUGUGUGAGCCUUCUGACCCUGUCCCAUCAUUCUGAAGGACUGUUUCAUCGUGCCAUAAUCCAGAGUGGCUCAGCAUUGUCCAGCUGGGCUGUCAACUACCAGCCGGUUAAGUACACAAGGCUGCUGGCAGAGAAAGUGGGCUGUAAUGUGCUGGACACACUAGACAUGGUAGAUUGCCUGAGAAAGAAGAGCGCUCGUGAGCUGGUGGAACAAGACAUCCAGCCAGCAAGAUACCACGUUGCCUUUGGCCCAGUCAUUGACGGCGAUGUCAUUCCCGAUGACCCUGAGAUCCUGAUGGAGCAGGGCGAGUUUCUCAACUAUGACAUUAUGCUGGGUGUUAACCAGGGUGAGGGGCUGCGUUUUGUAGAGAGCGUUGUGGACUCUGAAGAUGGUGUCUCGGGCAAUGAUUUCGACUUCUCGGUCUCUGACUUUGUGGACAGUCUUUAUGGUUACCCAGAGGGAAAGGAUACGCUACGAGAAACCAUUAAGUUCAUGUACACGGACUGGGCGGAUAGAGACAACCCUGAGACACGCCGUAAGACCCUGGUGGCGCUUUUUACUGAUCAUCAGUGGGUGGAGCCCUCGGUGGUGACGGCAGAUCUUCACGCCCGGUAUGGAUCGCCCACGUACUUCUACGCCUUCUACCACCACUGCCAGAGCCUGAUGAAGCCCGCUUGGUCAGAUGCGGCCCACGGAGAUGAGGUGCCCUAUGUCUUUGGCAUUCCCAUGAUUGGCCCGACCGACCUGUUCCCCUGCAACUUCUCCAAAAAUGAUGUCAUGCUCAGUGCUGUUGUCAUGACCUACUGGACAAACUUUGCCAAAACUGGAGAUCCCAACAAACCAGUGCCUCAGGAUACCAAGUUCAUCCAUACUAAAGCCAAUCGCUUCGAAGAGGUAGCCUGGUCCAAAUACAAUCCGCAAGACCAGCUGUACCUGCACAUCGGCCUCAAGCCACGAGUCCGUGAUCACUACCGCGCCACUAAAGUGGCGUUCUGGAAGCACCUGGUCCCUCAUCUGUACAACCUACAUGAUAUGUUCCACUACACCUCCACCACGACCAAAGUGCCACCACCCGAGACGACUCAGAACUCCCUGUCCACCAAACGUCCCAACAGUAAAGCCUGGCCGUUCAACACCAAGCGGCCUCCGAUGUCUCCGGACUACAACAGCGAGAGUGGGAAGGAGCAAUGGAACGGAGAAGAGGAACCAGGCCCUCUGGUGGUGGAGAACCCACGGGAUUACUCCACCGAGCUGAGCGUAACCAUUGCAGUGGGAGCUUCUCUGCUGUUCCUCAAUGUUCUGGCGUUUGCUGCUCUGUACUACCGCAAGGAUAAGCGCCGGCAAGAACAGCACCCGCAACCCAGCCCACCACGAGCCACCACCACCAAUGACGUGAACCGGCACGCCCCUGAAGAAGAGAUCAUGUCCCUGCAGGUGACCCAGACGCACCACGAGUGCGACUCAGGGCCGCCCGGUGACCCGUUACGGCUCGCUUCUCUUCCCGACUACACGCUGACUCUGCGGCGCUCGCCUGACGAUAUCCCACUCAUGACGCCGAACACCAUAACCAUGAUCCCCAACUCGUUGGUGGGCAUGCCCAACCUACAUCCCUACAACACCUUCACGGCUGGCUUCAACUCCACCGGCCUGCCACACUCCCACUCCACCACGCGUGUAUAGCUUUAUGGCGAUCCGACAAAGGGAGGGAUGUGGGGAAAGCCUUUGGUUUUAAUGAAAACGUUGAAGUGAGAGGAAGGGGAUCAGGACGAUGACGGAAACAAAAUGAUUUGAAUAGACUUUUGCAAAAAGCAGUGACACGUUCUUUCCAGAUGUCAAGUUGUGCAAACCUGCCAAAACAGAACUGCUCUCUUUCCUUUGAAAAGGGACGAGGGUUUCAAGCAGUAUUUUUUCUAAUCAUCGUUUUAAAAAAAAACUAAAAAAAAACGCCUUUUUAUGCAGAAUCGGGCGAAUCACUUUUUUCUUGAAUAAAUAACAAAAAAACAAAGGAAAGUGCAUUUUAUUUCCCAUCACAGUCUUUUGUGGGAAACAUGUUUCAAAACAGUGGCCUCUAAGGUGACAUCUGCAUAAUAUUGUUUGCUUUGCUUUUCAAUUUCUUUUCAAUGCCUUAUAAAGAGCUGUUUUUUUUGCCUCUUAAUUUGACGAUCCUUUCCCUGAGAUGUGUUUGUGUGGAACGUAGCGAUCUGACUUGAGUGGUAGGAACCAUGAGACAGACGACAAAUAUGGAAACUGGUGGAUUGAAAUGGUAACUGCAACUCGUUUUCCAGUUGCAUAACCUCACAUGCUUUUUUCUUGGUUCCACUGAAAAUCUUUUGUUUGAAACUGUUUCAUUGGACAAGACUGGAGAUAAAGACUUUUAAAGUUACUGUAAUUGUUUUGUUUAAAGAAAAGUGCAUCUUUUACUACAAAAAUUAGCUAUCGGCUCCUGCGUCAAAUUCCCAUGAAAUGCACACUUACACACAACGCUCAGAGCACUGUUUGACUGGUGUGCGUGUGUGAGAGGUUCUGAGUAUGAAUGGGAAUGAGUUGUGUCUACGUGUGUGUGUGUGUGUGUGUGUGUGUGUGUGUGUGUGUGUGUGUGUGCGUUUGAUUGCCUUUGCCAUGUUUUCUGUUAAAUAUUUGUGUGAUAGGGGUGGGGGGGCUUCU